AUGUAUGUUUUUGAUACUAGCAAUGAUAUGAAGGAGCCUGCUGAGUGUCCAGCCUACGUCAGACCCGUGAACACUCCGCUCAGGGCCGAGGACGCCAACACUGCGCUCUGGCGGUCCUACGCGUUAGCCUCCGUCAACAGCCACACAAACGCUAGAGCAUUCGUCAAGAUCCUCUCCUGCUUCUCGCUCGGCGGCAAAUGUACGGUAGGCGGCUAUCUCCUGCUGUCGGCCGAGACGGCGAAACUGGCAUUUACGGAGCAUGUGAUUGAGACGGAUGUAGUGACAUGCCGGAGCGGGAGACGCGGACUCGGGAUACACCUCACCGAACCUGGGUCUGGGGUCGUUGAAUGCAAGCUGCCGGCGGGUAAUGUUGGAUGGGAUAACGGGUCGGGGCGGUUCGAUCAUGGUUGUGGAUAG